AUGAGCAUUCACGUUCUCGAUACAUCAACCAUAAGAAACAUACAUUCUGGACAAGUGAUUACUGAUGUGGAAGCUAUUGUCAAAGAACUUUUAGAAAACUCUCUAGACGCUCAUGCUACGUCUAUUGAUGUCGUGUCCAUCUAUAAUGGAUUAGAAUCAAUCCAAGUAAAAGACAACGGGGAUGGUAUUGCAGAAAGCGAUCGCCCUUUUAUCGCCAAAAGACACCAUACUUCCAAAUUGAGCACUUUUGAAGACCUUGCCCAUGUUUGGACCUACGGCUUUCGUGGAGAAGCGAUCCAUUCGAUGCUAAACCUAUCCAAUAAGCUCACAUUAACAACAAAAACGAAAAAGGAUACCGUUGGCAAACUCUAUGAUAUCAACAAAAACGGUGAUUUGAUAAAGUAA